AGGACAAUCGCCGGAUAUUUAGUAGAAGGUCUAAAGAGUGAGGAUUUAUUACAUGGUGUUAGUUUUGCCUCUGCUGCAUCAGGUUAUGAUAAUUUGACUGCUCGUUUCACCAAAUCCCUAUCAUUUGAGAAACUUAAAGGAGUGAAGGAGGCACAAAAGAAACUAAAAAAUGCAGUCUUUGUUAUUAGUGCCGACAUAAAUGACUUCCUCCAAAACUACUUCACUCGCCCACAAAGCAGGCAGCAACUCUCAAUAUCAAGACCUUCUUCCCCAUUAUGUUUAUUUGAAAUGCAUAAAGUUGGAGGGGGAAGGUUUUCAGUGGUUGGACUCCCUCCAUUGGGAUGUCUAGCAAUUUUCAAGGCAUGUAUGAAUGUACGCUCAGGAUGUAUCACGUUUUACCGAAUCUUACAAAGGCUACUCGGGAGAGGAGGUUUUGAAUUAGGCAAGUCUUGUCGGGGACAAAAAACAUGCCCUGAUCGCUCAAAAUAUGUGCCCUUCGAUGGUGUACAUCUCACAGAAAUGAUGUACGACAUCAUUGCAAAGAAUAUUGUAUCGAGGGAUCUUGCUGAGCAUUUGGCUUGA